AUGGCAUCAUCAUCAGGCCUCCUUCAAAUCUCUCUAUCUUUUCUCUUGUUCGUCAUCCUUUCACGUGUCUCAUCUGCCUCCAACAAUGACCUUCCCUUGCCUUCAGGAUCCCAGUACAUUCAACAAGAAGCAGAAAAGCUUAUCAGAGAGCUUAACCUUUCCCCAAAACAUUAUAAUAAACACUCUGUAUCCCAUGACGCUCUCUUAGUCCCGGCGGGCAAGAUCGUUGAGAAGAAGUUUAGAUUCCCCAACAUUGAUGCUGCUGCUGGGCCUUCUGUUCGAGACUUCGGUCACCAUGCUGGCUAUUAUGGACUUCCACAUUCUCAUGGUGAAAAGAUGUUCUACUUAUUCUUCGAAUCCCGGAACAGUAAGAAGGACCCUGUUGUGGUAUGGCUAACUGGAGGACCAGGUUGCGGCAGCGAACUGGCUUUGUUUUAUGAGAAUGGUCCUUUCCAUGUCACACAAGACUUGUCUCUCGUGUGGAAUGACUAUGGCUGGGACAAGGUAUCCAACAUUCUGUUUGUAGACCAACCAAUCGGGACAGGUUUUAGCCAUGCUUCGGAUGAAAAUGACAUUCGCCAUGACGAAGGGAGGAUUAGCGAUGACUUGCUUGACUUCUUGCAGGCAUUUUUUAUGGAGCACCCUCAAUUUGUUCAGAAUGACUUCUAUGUUACUGGAGAAUCGUACGCGGGGCAUUAUAUUCCGGCCGUUGCUUCUCGGAUUCAUCAAGCAAACAAAGCAAAAGAAGGAAUUCAUAUAAACCUCCAGGGUUUUGCCAUUGGGAAUGGGGAUACCAAUCCCGAAAUGCAAUUUGCAGCUUAUACGGACUUUGCGUUGGAGAAUAAUAUAAUUAACGGUGACGAUUAUAACCGCAUCACCAAGAUGCUCGCCCCAUGUUUGCAAUUAAUACAAGAUUGCGGUAAAAAGGGUGGAGAUGUUUGCGAAUCCGCUUACUAUAAUUGCAAUGAAAACAUAUAUGGCGAAAUCCUAGCAAUAGCUGGCAAUAUUAAUUUCUAUGACAUAAGAAAGAGAUGUGAUGAGGGGCCUAUGUGCUAUGAUUUUUCAAGCAUGGAGCAAUUCCUAAACGAGAAAGAAGUGAAGGAUGCUUUAGGUGUUGGAGACUUGAAAUUUGUUUCAUGCAGUGUGGCAGUUUAUGCUGCCUUGAAGUAUGACUGGAUGAGAAACCUGCAACCGGGCAUUCCUGCUCUUCUUGAAGAUGGUAUUAGAAUGCUUGUCUAUGCCGGGGACAAGGAUCUUAUUUGCAAUUGGCUUGGAAACGCAAGGUGCGUUGAUGCGAUGGAGUGGUCAGGUCAGGAAGCCUUUUUGGCUUCUCCAAAUGUGUCCUUCGUGGUUGAUGGUAAAGAGGCAGGCAGGUUGCAGAGCCACGGACCUCUGAGUCUUCUCAAGAUCCAUGAUGCUGGGCACAUGGUCCCUAUGGAUCAACCCAAGGUUGCAUUGGAGAUGUUGACGAGGUGGAUGCAAGGAAAAUUAACCAUCGCAUGA